AACCAACAAAGCCUUUAAUAAUAUUUUGCUCAAAAAUGGAAUUUUGUUAAUGAUUUUGAUUUUAAUUGUUUAAGACAUCCAAGACAUGCCACCUCAAUCUGGUCAAUAUUGAACACGUCUCUUUGGGAUUUGUCUGCUAGAAGAAAAUCUGAUUAAAUCGCCUAAAUAGUAUAGAACAGAGAUAGAACCUGCAACAAGAUGAAUCCGGAGAUGGUGACACACAAUGGUGGAUGCCACUGUAGAAAUGUGAGAUGGAGAGUUCAAUCUCCGGCGACUGUUGUAGCGUGGCAGUGCAACUGCUCCGAUUGCGCCAUGAGAGGAAACACUCACUUCAUUGUUCCUUCUGAAAGAUUUGAGCUUUUGGGGGACUCUGACAAGUUUCUUACGACAUACACUUUUGGGACACACACAGCAAAACACAUGUUUUGUAAAGUGUGUGGCAUAACUUCGUUUUAUAGGCCAAGAUCAAACCCAGAUGGAAUAGCGAUAACAUACAAGUGUGUUGAUCCUGGAACCCUAAUUCAUGUGGAGAUUAAGCUUUUUGAUGGACUUAAUUGGGAGAAUUCACACAAGUCAACUGGCAUUUCUUCGUGUUCUAAGGAGUAAGAUUGAAAUCUAAAGAGACUUAAUUGGUAUCUUUUUGAAAUAUGAGUUGUGGUUGAUGCAUAUGGAUCAAGCACAAUGUGUUAUCAUGUUAAUCACUCGAUGAAUGUUGUUAAAAUCUCUUAUGCUUAACUUUGAAUGUAUUAAUUUUGAUUGCAUGUGUUCCCUAUCAAAACUAUUUUAUUACCAAAAA